AUGUUUAUAUCUAUUGAUAUAUCUUUGUGUAUAUACAUCUAUCUAUCAUUAUAUCUAUACAACUUUGUUUAUAUCUAUCUAAUUUUGUUUAUAUCUAUCUAUCUAUCUAUCUAUCUAUCUAUCUAUCUAUCUAUCUAUCUAUUUCAGGAUCUAGAUUACCAGCAUCUAUCUAUCUAUCUAUCUAUCUAUCUAUCUAUCUAUCUAUCUAUCUAUCUAUCUAUAGAAUAUAUUUUAAUGAAUUUUUUGUUUCUGUUCAUAUCUAUCUAUCUAUCUAUCUAUCUAUCUAUCUAUCUAUCUAUCUAUCUAUUUCAGUCUGUUCAUAUCCAUCUAUGUAUGUAUGUAUCUAUCUAUCUAUCUAUCUAUCUAUCUAUCUAUUUCAGUCUGUUCAUAUCCAUCUAUGUAUGUAUGUAUGUAUGUAUCUAUCUAUCUAUCUAUCUAUCUAUCUAUCUAUCUAUCUAUCUAUCAUUUUUGGCUGUAUCUAUCUGUGUAUCUAUUUCUGUCUAUUCAUAUCUGUCUAUUUCAAUCUGUUCAUAUGUAUGUAUGUAUGUAUGUAUGUAUCUAUCUAUCUAUCUAUCUAUCUAUCUAUCUAUCUAUCUAUCUAUUUUAGUCUGUUUUUAUCUAUCUAUAUAUCUUUUUCUUUCUUUCUCUUUCCACCUUUCUUUCUUUCAUUCUAUCUUUCUGAGUCUUUUCAUAUCUAUCAAUCUAUCUGCAUUUGUACAUAUCUAUCUAUCUAUCUAUCUAUCUAUCUAUCUAUCUAUCUAUCUAUCUAUCUGUCUAUUUCAGCCUGUUCAUAUCUAUUUGACUAUCUAUCUCACACUGUUCAUAUCAAUCUGUCUAUCUAUCUGUUCAUGUCUAUCUGGCUACCUUAUCUAUCUAUCUAUCUAUCUAUCUAUCUAUCUAUCUAUCUAUCUAUCUAUCUAUCUUGGUCUGUUUAUAUCUAUUGAUCUAUAUAUCUUUGUUUAUAUAUAUCUAUCUUUGUAUAUAUGUCUAUCUUUGAUUCUAUCUAUCUAUCUAUCUAUCUAUCUAUCUAUCUAUCUAUCUAUCUAUCUUUGGCUUUUGAAAAUGAUUGAAAUUGUUGAAAGUACUUAA